AUGGCGUCACCGACUCCUCCCCACGAGCCCAUGCCCGGCAGCUCCUUCUACCCGCAGAACUACGACCUCGUGAUGCAAUACCUUCUCCCGAAGCUUGCCGCAUCUCCGCUCCCCGCCUCCACCGAGCAUUUCUUCCACGACGCGGACGUGUACGCCGACGACCCCGAGACGCUCACCUCCCGCUACCCGUCCGGACCGGCGCGGGCUUACGGCGAGAGCGAAAACUGGUACUUCUUUUGCGCCGUGAAGCCCACGAUCGCCCGCGACGGCCGCAAGCCCCGGAUCGUCGGCGGCGGCAAGGGUACCUGGAAAGCCGAGAGGGGGGAAGCGGUCGUCGACCCAUCCUCGGGCGACACCGUCGGCCGCCUGGAGAGGUUCACCUACACGCCCAAGCCCAAGGAAGCAGGAAAGCGGCCCGAGUGGCUCAUGGUGGAGUUCAGUCUGGAUCAGCAACUCGUCGAGGGCGGCCAAGAACCAAGAACCGUGCUUUGCAAGAUCUAUCGCAGCCCUCGAUUCCUCAAUUCCGUGUCCAAGUCUUUGGCUUCAUCAGCGUCCGCGCGCAAGUGCAAGAGGAAGGCGGCCGACGAGCGACCGGCGUGUCCGCGCAAGUCCAUCAAGGCCACCGACGAACCAUCUCCCGUCAGGCGGCAGCUCCUCUUUCCUCCCCCUACCGCACCAAUUCAGCAGGCACCAAUUCUGGAGGACGAUGAAGCCUUUCUUGGCGACAACCAAUUCUGGAGCGAGCACUACCGCAUCGGCGAGCUCUCCGAUCCCGCGCCAAAUUGGCCGGUCCAAUUCCAAGUCGACGACUUGGGCGAGCAAUUCUGGAGUGGACUGCCCCAGCUCGAUGGUGGCGAGCCUUCUGCUCCUUGGAGCUGCUCAAUGAUGACGGCUACAUCGACUCCAUUGUGCGGUGGAAGAGACUUCUUCUGGAAUUCCAUUGCCACUCUCUGAAUCUCAUCUCUGCUGAAUGCUGAUCAUGGCUGACGGAUGACACAAGACGGUUUGAGUUGAGUAAGUGCACAAUAUUGGUGCAUCAGCGAAAGGAUACUUAGAACAUGAUCUGGAGUUGGAUACAGUGUUUAACAUCUGCAGUUUAGUUUUUUUUAACAUCUGCAGUUUAGUAGUACUCCGUAGUAGUCUGUUCACCCUGUGAUGUGUUGUUCUGUAAUAUGUAGU